AUGGGAGGAAGCAUUGGAUUCUGCGGCCGUAGCGACGUUGAGAAAUGCAGGUCGUUGGAUUGCAAGCCGCGCGAGCAUCCAGAUGCUGCAGGAGCUCCCCCGGCAGGGGCUAUAUUCGCAGAAACCCUAGCCGGGUUGAACGAGGUAGAUCAGCAGCUGCUGCUAUUCUGUUCGAAGGGGCAGUCGGCCGCUGUUCGAUGGCUCUUGCGAUUCGGGGCGGAUGCUGGCGCAAGAGAUUGUAAUGGCACGACAGGGCUGCAUGCCGCUUGCCGCAAGGGGAGCUUGCGGGUCGUGCAGGCUUUGCUGGACAUACCUGCGACUGAGAGCUCUCUGCCGGUGAACAUCGCCGAUGCUUCCGGAUGGACGCCGCUACAUGUCGCCGCGUGCAAUGGCCGCCAAGCGGUUGCAGCCGCCCUUCUGCGAUCUCAUGCUGAUGCAGCAGCACGGACCAAAAGUGGACAAGUUGCACUGGAGCUCUGCGUGGACUCGGCGACGAAGUCGCUCCUGAUGCUGCGCAGAGAGGACUUUCCUGGUGUGACUGGUGGGCCUGCGGCCCUAGAAAAACACCUACCUAAUGCUGCAGACAUGGCAGACACGCCCUCGCAAGAGUCUCAAGGUGACCCAGAUGGCGAGACAAUACGCUACGAACCUUUCUUUGUCCCACGAGAGCCGCUCAUUCCGGCUGGAGCCAGAGACAACGAUUUCCUGGCCCUUUGUGACCGCGUUUCGCAGCGCUGUUUCAACUCACAAGCUGGGCGGGGAUUGGCAUUCCUUGUAGCGUCGGGCACUGUGCGUGAUCGCCCCACCUGCAUGGUCGAUUACUGGCGAAUGAAUCGGCUCUCUGCCGAGCAGAUGGGCCUGUACUUGAGCGAGGACUUCUCGCUUGCGAAGAUCUUGCGAAUGGAGUACUUGAACUCGAUCCGCUUUGUGAACACUGGGGUGAUGGCAGCGUUGUGUUUUGCCUUCUCGGAGAUCGCCCUUCCGUGGGACUUGCAGUGCUUGGACCGCAUAACGUGGAGCUUGGCGGAGGUUUGGGUGCGCCAACACCUCCGAUCACAAACGAGAGAAGGUCCGCUGAUGAGCAGCAGCCGCGAGCUGGCGGGCCAAGCCUUGUGGGCGCAAGUUAUGGGUGUGGACAUUUUGCACGAGCUUUUCUUCUCGACCAUCAUGCUGCACUGGAACCACUACGCUGACCUGCCUGACUCGCAGCGCGUGCUCCUGCAGGACUGGGUUGACAUGCACCGUGCCGGGGACAAUCAGAUCAUUUCCUCAAUAGUGCUGGCGCCCAUCUACGAGAUGGUGAGCAACUGGAAAUGGGAGCCGUUGCAGAUUGGGAAGCCGCGGAGUCUAGAAACGAAGAGUCAAGAUGGUAUCAGAUCGCUGUUCGAUGGCGUGGCAUCUGUGGAGGGAUGGGCAUAUGCUGUUGGCGAUGACUUCUUGUCCCACGUGAACGAGACUGCGCAGGGAAGCAUCGAGCAGGAGCGUAUUCACGAAGCGCUUGGAUACGUCUGCGAGGGUACAUUUUCGGCACGAGUUCCCAUCGCGCAGAGUGCGGUGGCCGCCCCCAUAAGCCACGCCAUGAAGGCGGUGCCCAUGGAAGAUUCUACGUCCGGGAUGCACUUCUCUUCAGAUGUUUGGAUUUCCCUGUGUGGCCCGCUUCUUCUCUUGUCUUUCGAUCAGGUGACCUGCCCGUUUGCCUUCAUGUAUUUGGGCAAGGUUCAGCUGAGGGACAUCAAUCCCGGCCGAGCGCUGUUUUCCUUGGAAGCCCCACAGCAAGGCGACGAGACUUCAAGGCUCGAGCUGGUCUUACUGCUGCCAGAUGCGCGAUGGCACGUUUGUUCACUGCAAAAGCUAGUCUUGCAGCUUACUGAUGCGAGACAUCUGAAGGAUUGGAUCGCCUGCUUCGCCGACUUGGCUUUGAUGACAGGUUCGAGCACUAACAGCAUCCCUUUGAAGCAGAUCUGA